AUGAGUUGUUUCGGCUGUUGCGAAGAGGAUGACCUCCAGAAAUCUGCUGAAAGUGGAGGACCCUAUGUAGUAAAAAAUCCAGCAGGAAAUGAUGGAAAUUAUCAUGCUUCUGAAACUGCAAAGCAGGGCACUCAGCCUGUUAAAGCUCAGCCCAUUGAAGUUCCUAAUAUACCAGCAGAUGAACUAAAAGAAGUUACAGAUGACUUUGGUCAAGAUUCUCUGAUUGGAGAGGGGUCCUAUGGAAGAGUAUACUAUGGUGUGCUUAAAAGUGGGCAGGCUGCUGCAAUCAAGAAGUUGGAUACCAGUAAACAGCCUGAUGAGGAAUUUUUAGCCCAGGUUUCAAUGGUAUCAAGGCUGAAGCAUGCAAAUUUUGUUCAAUUACUUGGAUAUUGCAUUGAUGGAAGCUCCCGUAUUCUUGCUUAUGAGUUUGCAUCUAAUGGAUCUCUUCAUGAUAUUUUACAUGGCAGAAAAGGUGUUAAAGGAGCACAGCCUGGUCCAGUUUUGACAUGGGCACAAAGAGUAAAGAUUGCUGUAGGGGCUGCAAGAGGCCUUGAAUACUUGCAUGAGAAGGCUGAUCCCCACAUUAUCCACCGGGACAUCAAGUCUAGCAAUGUGUUAAUCUUUGAUGAUGAUGUUGCUAAAAUUGCAGAUUUUGAUUUAUCAAAUCAAGCUCCUGACAUGGCUGCACGACUUCAUUCUACUCGUGUCCUUGGAACCUUUGGUUAUCAUGCUCCAGAAUAUGCAAUGACUGGACAAUUGAAUGCUAAGAGUGAUGUAUACAGUUUUGGUGUUGUCCUUCUGGAACUUCUGACUGGAAGGAAACCUGUUGAUCAUACAUUACCACGCGGACAGCAGAGUCUAGUUACCUGGGCUACACCAAAACUUAGUGAGGAUAAAGUCAGGCAGUGUGUUGAUACAAGACUAGGAGGAGAAUACCCACCCAAAGCUGUUGCUAAGAUGGCUGCUGUUGCUGCGCUUUGUGUGCAAUAUGAAGCUGAUUUCAGACCAAACAUGAGCAUUGUAGUCAAAGCUCUUCAACCUUUGCUGGCUGCACGACCUGGACCUGCCGGUGAAACACCAAAUUAA